UCUGCGCGAAGACGGGAGGGCGGGCGGAUGAGAGCUUUGUCUGCUCCCAGCGGGAAGAAUUGCCGCUGCUGCAGUGAGAUACUAUAGAGAACAUGUACACCAGUCAUGAAGAUAUUGACUGUGAUUGUGAAGACAGUUCAAAACAUCGGGAGAAGGAGCUGAAGCCAAACCCAGAUAUUGAUGGAGGAUGGGCUUGGAUGAUUGUCUUUUCAUCUUUCUUGGUGCAUGUACUCAUUAUGGGAUCACAAAUGGCCCUUGGAGUUCUCAAUAUGGAAUGGCUUGAAGAAUUCAGCCAAAGUCGAGGCCUCACAGCAUGGGUCAGCUCCCUCACCAUGGGUAUUACCCUCAUUGUAGGGCCUUUUAUUGGUUUAUUCAUUAACACCUGUGGAUGCCGGAAGACUGCAAUAAUUGGAGGACUCUUGAAUGCCCUUGGAUGGAUAUUAAGUUCCUAUGCCUCAAAUGUACAUUACCUAUUUAUUACAUUUGGAGUUACAGCUGGUAUUGGGAGUGGAAUGGUGUACCUGCCUGCUGUGGUCAUGGUGGGAGAAUACUUUCAGAAAAGAAGAGCCCUCGCUCAGGGACUCAGUACAACUGGGACAGGGUUUGGUGCUUUCCUGAUGACAGUUUUGCUGAAAUACCUUUGUAUGGAGUUUGGCUGGCGAGAUGCAAUGUUCAUCCAGGGUGCAGUCUGUCUGAACCUGUGUGUUUGUGGAGCGCUCAUGCGACCAAUUUAUUACAAGGAAGAAAGCGCUGAAAAGGAGAGAAACAGCAGCAAAACUCAAAGUCACUUGAAAGAGCUGUCCAACUCAGCAGAAACACUGACUUGCAACGGUGUCUUAUGUGAAGAAGAAAAAGACAGACAAAGCAAGGAUCAUAAGCCUGGGAGUCUUCCUGCCUCAGAAAGCAAAGGUGCAGCCCAACUAGGGAGGAACGCCUAUGUCCUUUGCAUUUUGAAGACAGUGAGCCAACUGACUGUUACAGUCCAGAAGGGCUUUCAGACCUGGUAUGGUAGUUACUUUGGAGCUGCUUCCCUCUUCACCAACGGAAUGUUUGCAGCCUUUGUAUUUUGGGCUUUGUUUGCAUACAGUACCUUUGUUAUCCCCUUUAUUCACCUUCCAGAAAUAGUCAAACAGUAUAACCUGUCUGCAAAGAAUGACAUCUUUCCCUUGACCUCAAUUAUUGCCAUUGUUCAUAUUUUUGGGAAGGUUAUCCUUGGAAUCAUCUCUGAUUCACCCUGUAUCAGCGCUUGGAAUGUCUUCAUAGCAGCUAACUUUACCCUUGUCACCUGCAUUCUUAUUUUGCCAUUAAUGCAUACCUAUGUUGGACUGGCUGUGAUCUGUGCCCUAAUAGGAUUUUCCAGUGGAUAUUUUUCCCUCAUGCCAGUUGUCACUGAAGAUUUAGUAGGGAUUAAGCAGCUUGCAAAUGCCUAUGGAAUCAUAAUUUGUGCCAACGGGAUAUCAGCACUGCUUGGACCACCGUUUGCAGGCUGGAUUUAUGACCUCACCAAAAAAUAUGACUAUUCCUUCUACAUAUGUGGUUUGCUUUACAUGGUGGGAAUCCUCUCAUUAUUCAUCCAACCUUGUAUUGGAAAGAAAAAGACAGCAACAGAAAAAAGCAUUGAAAAUGGAAAAGUAUAAACACAGUUUGCUGUGUGUUUUUAAAGGGAAUUUCUUUUCUUCAUUUUGCUUUCUAAAAUACCAAACAGUUUCUCUGAUGGGACCAAAUGGACUGAAAAGCACCAUGGUGGACACUGAAUAAAGUUAACACUGCCACUAUCAGUGAAUCAUGAGAAAAGCCUUUAAUUAAUGCUUUUCUUGCCAUACAUAAAAUAAUCCACUUGAAAGCAGAAUGGCCCAGUGCCCAUAAAAUGGAUGUGAAUUGAUCAACAGCUGAAAAAUUAAUUCUUCCUUUUGUAACUCACAGAUUUGACCCAGUUAUAUCUCAACAGUAUACAGUUGUUCCUGCUGUACACUAACAGGAAAAGAGAAGAACUGGUCCCGUUAGAAAUCAUUGGUAUCAUAAGAAAUUAUUAUUGGUCGUUUUGUCAUUUGUUGAACAGAAAACAACUUCCCUUCUGUGUCAACUAAGUAUGCAAAUGCACAAUUUACUUCUUCCUUAAAGGGUUCCUAGUAGUGCAAUCAUUUUGAAAGUUUAAUUAUGAAAUAAAUCAUUUGGUCUGCUGUGUAA